AUGACAAGCAUUGGAAAAACGAACUAUGAUUUGAUGAUAAUUCCAUUCCGCAGAGCUGCAGAAUUUCUAGAUUUAGAAUCAACCCGAAAUUUGCUGCUUUUAAACAAAUUUAUCUCAAAAUCGCUCUACUCAAAUGACUUUGCAAGCAUAAUUGUCCCGAAAAUUUUAAAAAACUUCUAUGAAGAGCAAGAAAAUAUUCUUGAUUCUUACUCGCAAAAAUUUUCACCUGUGUUCAGCUAUAAAGAUAUUUUGAAUAAUAUAAGGAAAUCGACAAAUCUUAUUGUGAAUCCUUUUGGGUUGGAUGGAUUGAAUAAGUGAAUUAUUGAAGAGAGUGAAGAUAAUUGGCAGACUAUACGAGAUGCAGACUUAUCAUCUUGGCCCAGGAAUAAAGGAGUAUGCUUUGCUAUAUCUGGCUCAGGAUCUUUGAAGCAAACUAUUAAAUUUAAGCAAAAUUUGAAAGAGCCAAUCCUGUGAUUUGGGGCUAUUAUUAUUCCCAACCAAUAUACAAACGGAACUUUAAAAUGUUCUUUUAUUAAUGAUGACGGAACAAUGCAUCAGGAAACAACAGAACACUCAAAAUUAUUCGAGUCCUCAAAUCCAAUCGAAAAAUUUGAUUGUAUAGCCAAAAUUCCUAACUCCCCCCCCUCGAAGUUCGACCAAGAUAUAGGGAAAAUUCCUAUUUUUUUUUUUGGAAAAUUAACCCCCCUCAAAGUUCGACCAAGACCUAUAUAAAUUUACUAGGAAAAAUAAGCAAUUUUUCAAAAAUUUAAAUCUAUGUGGGGGUGAGCUUGCGAUUUUUGUAUUCAAGUUCUAAAAAAGCGUUACAAAACCAUCUUGCACUAUUUUUUCUAACCCUUACACUCUCAACCAUACAGAAGAAUAUGAUAAAUAUUUUUGUUUUUUAACUACUAAAUUAUAUAAAACAAAUUUUUCUUAACCCCCCUCGAAGUUUGACCAAAAAAAUCUUGGUCGAACUUCGAGGGGGGGAGUAAGCACACAGUAGGUGCUGAGAUUGCUGUUUCACUCUCGAAUAAUUCCUAUGGGAUCCGAAUUGGUUAUAUUUUUGCCAGGAUUUUUGAAACAAGUAUAAAUGCUUAA